GUUUAACGUAAAUCCGAUUCGCAGCUAAACACCGCCUAGGGUUUCUCUUGCGCCGCUCUCCACCGUAAGCCAUGGCUGUUGCUCCUCCUACGAUUCCAUUACCGGCAACGUCUUCUGGGUUGGCUCCGCCUGCAGAUGUUAAACUUUUUAAUCGUUGGUCUUUCGAAGAAGUCGAGGUUUCUGACAUGUCACUUGCUGACUAUAUUGCGGUGACUCCUUCAAAACAUGCUACUUAUCUUCCACACACUGCUGGACGUUAUUCUGUGAAAAGGUUUAGAAAAGCACAAUGCCCCAUUGUUGAAAGGUUGACCAAUUCAUUGAUGAUGCAUGGUCGUAACAAUGGGAAGAAACUGAAGGCCGUUCGCAUUGUUAAACAUGCCAUGGACAUCAUUCAUCUCCUUACUGAUACUAACCCAAUUCAAAUCAUAGUUGAUGCUGUCAUCAACAGUGGACCAAGAGAGGAUGCCACUAGAAUUGGAUCUGCUGGUGUUGUUAGGCGCCAGGCAGUUGAUAUUUCCCCUCUGAGGCGGGUUAAUCAAGCAAUAUAUCUCCUCACUACAGGUGCUCGUGAGAGUGCUUUUCGAAAUAUUAAGACAAUUGCUGAGUGUCUUGCUGAUGAAUUGAUUAAUGCGGCAAAGGGUUCUUCCAACAGUUAUGCCAUCAAGAAGAAAGACGAGAUUGAACGUGUGGCCAAGGCAAACCGUUAGAAGGAAAACAAUUUUUUUUUUCUGAGAUGCAUUUCAUAUCGUCUUAUCUUGUCUUGAGAUUGUUGUUGUGCUUUUAGGACUUGGUCGAGUUGUGGAU